AAGAGGAUUGUAUGGCAGACCCCAACACUCCCAUGUUACAACUUCCUCUAUUUUGUCCCCACUUUCUAAUUUAUAAGCCUCACACUUUCUUCCCAAACCCUGCUCAAGUCCUUAACCUUCUUCAAUUUCAUUGCCUUUGUGCUCUCAAAACCUCUCAAUUAACAUCUUCUACUCCAUAGAAAAAAGGAACUUACAAAAUGUGCUCUUCUAAAUCAAGGCUGCACCAAGGUUCUAAUGUUCCUGCAACUAUUGCUAAAAUCAAUGGCCGCCCUGUUCUUCAGCCAAAAUCCAACCAAGUUCCUAGCUUGGAAAAACGCAAUUCACUUAAAAAGAAUCCCCCAAAAUCUCCUAAUCUGCAGCCAUUGCCAACUCCUAUUCCUUGUCUGUCUCCUCCAAUCUCUCCCAAGCAAAAAUCACCGAGACCACCUGCACUUAAAAGAGGAGGAGGGAGUGACUCUAACAGCUUGAAUUCCAGUGAUGAGAAGUUUUUGACACCAAGAAACACAACCCAAGUGUCAAGUAUUGUAAGAAUAUCAAAGAAAUCCAUCACUAGUACUGCAGCUCCUGGAAGCAUAGCAGCUGAAAGGAGGGAACAUAUUGCUAAUAUGCAAGAGCAAAGGAAACUGCGAGUUUCUCAUUAUGGAAGAGUGAGGUCUGCUAAGCAAGAAGCAAAGGUUGUGUCUGUUGAUUCUUCAGCUGUUAUUACUACAAUUGUUCGAGAAGAAAGGAGAUGUAGCUUUAUCACUCCAAGUUCAGAUCCUAUCUACGUAGCUUACCAUGAUGAAGAAUGGGGAGUUCCUGUUCAUGAUGAUAAGCUGUUGUUUGAAUUGCUAGUGCUGACAGGAGCACAAGUAGGAUCAGACUGGACUUCAGUCUUGAAGAAAAGGCAAGAAUUCAGAGAGGCCUUUCAUGAGUUUGAUGCAGAAGUUGUUGCCAAAUUCAAUGAAAAGAAAAUAACAUCAAUUAGUGCUGAGUAUGGCAUAAACAUAAGCCAUGUUCGAGGAGUUUUGGACAACGCUAAUAGAAUUCUCCAGGUAAAGAAGGAAUUUGGAACAUUUGACAAGUACUUGUGGGGAUUUGUGACUCACAAAGCAAUCAUAACCCAAUACAAAUCAUGCAACAAGAUCCCAGUGAAGACUUCAAAAUCAGAAACUAUAAGCAAAGACAUGGUAAAAAGAGGAUUUAGAUUUGUUGGUCCAAUUAUAAUUCAUUCAUUCAUGCAAGCUUCUGGCCUUAGCAAUGACCACUUGAUCACUUGCCCAAGACAUCUUCAAAUUCAUUCAAUCCCCUGAAUCAUUGGCCUCUAAUCCUCACCACCAUCAAACCCCAACAUCAUAGAAUCACCCCAAAAAAAUGAAAAAUGAAAAUUUGAUUAACCCAAAAAAAAACAAAAGGAAGCAUAUCCAGUUAGUUGAAUUUCUAACUACAGGUAUUAAUUAGUUGUACCCUUUUGAGUUAAUGGUGAGAAAUGAGACUUUAUGGCUGAUCAUUGAAGAGAGCAAUGAAAAUUGAAGUGGGUCUACGAGUGUGGGGGCUAAGGAGACAGGCUGCAUGUGCAGGUGAGUAGAGUGCAGAGGCAUUUGUAUGGUUUUCUUACUAUUUCAAUUGCUUUCAAUCUGGUCACCACCAGCUUCCUCUAUUAUACACUUUCUGCUUUUUGGUAUUCAAAAUUACUGGUUAAGAUAGAAAAUAUUUGUGCCAUCCUUCUGAUUUUUAAACCGCCUUUGAAAGGAUAUAAUCAGGAACAGAGUUUUGGGCCAGAAUUCCUAGAUAUUCCCUGCUUUUGCUGCCUGGAUAUUUGGAUUGGAUAAGAAUUUUGGAAUUUGCUUUUUCUGAUCUUUCAUCUGCAGGGCCAUAGCCUUUCAUGCUCAAAAGUCACACAAUGUCUGCCCAUUUGAAGGUCUUUGUAUUAGUGUCAUUUCUUUCAUUCUAACUUGUAAAGAAUACAAAGUUGAUUUGUGUGUAAAAUGAGUUAAGAGGAAGCUGUAAAGUUUGAGAUUGUUGGCUUUUCAAUAUUUAAACCUUUUUAUUAGGGUAAGAUAAUAUAUUAUUUAAAUUCAUCCAAUAUUUUCUUAUUUUUCCAA